CCAGUCCUCUCUCGGGUCGGGCGGCGCGCGGCGCUUCCGCUUCCGGUUCCACGCGGCCCGUCAUGGCGGCGCCCAGCGAGGCGGCGAAGCGGCGGCCGUUCGGGACGCGCUUCCUCACCGACCCCGGCCGCCUCUUCCAGCACAACGCGUGGGAUAAUGUGGAAUGGUCAGAAGAGCAGGAAGCCAAUGCCAGAAGUAAAGUUCAAGAGAACAGCUCACAGCUAUUGCCACAAGAUAAACAAGAGGAAUAUGAAGUGAAUGCUAACAGGUACUGGGAUGACUUUUAUAAAAUCCAUGAAAACGGCUUCUUCAAGGACAGACACUGGCUGUUCACUGAAUUUCCUGAGCUGGCACCAAAUAGAAACCCAAGUCAAAAUGAGGUUUCUGGGUACAAAUGCAGUUACGAAGAAGAAUCCAACAGUGAAGGGCUGGGAAGCUGUGAAAAUGGACAUUGCUCAUUGGAAACCAGGGCAGAGAAUCAGUUAAACCUGAUAAAAAGCAUGCCCACGUUCUGCUCAGAGGAGUCAGCUACCCAGAAACACAGUGAGCUGAAUCAAAGUGAUGGAGAUUACCCAGGAUCCUCUGCAACUUACCGUAUAUUAGAGGUUGGCUGUGGUGCUGGAAAUACAGUUUUCCCAAUUUUACAAACCAACAAUGACCCAGGGCUUUUUGUUUAUUGCUGUGAUUUUUCUACAAUAGCUGUGGAUCUUGUCCAGACCAAUGCGGAGUACGAUUCUUCACGCUGCUUUGCAUUUGUCCAUGACCUCUGCAAUGACCAAAGUCCUUUCCCAAUGCCAGAAGAGAGUCUCGACAUUGUUAUUCUUAUUUUUGUCCUUUCAGCGAUUCUCCCAGAGAAGAUGCAGUGCAUUGUUAACAGACUGAGUCGUCUUCUGAAGCCAGGAGGAAUGAUUUUAUUACGAGAUUAUGGCCGUUACGACCUGGCCCAGCUUCGGUUUAAGAAAGGUCAAUGUCUGUCUGAUAACUUCUAUGUGAGAGGUGAUGGCACCAGAGUCUACUUCUUCACACAAGAUGAAUUAGAUGAUCUCUUCACAACAGCUGGGCUGGAGAAGAUCCAGAAUUUGGUUGAUCGGCGGUUGCAAGUGAACCGUGGAAAACAAAUGACAAUGUAUCGAGUAUGGAUCCAGUGCAAAUACCGCAAGCCUGCCGCCCCUCAGCUGUGAGGAAAAGGGGCAUGCUUUUUAGGUGGGAGCUUCUCUGUGGCCAUGUGCAGUUUCUCCUCCUGGUGGGAUGUGGUGAUAGGAAGGCCAGCGCACACAGGACCUCAGUGCCUUUUACAAUGCCUACUGUCACUUCAAGUGAGCUGUGCUAAGGAGGAAUGUUCUAAGAGAAGACCAAGCAGUACUUAAUGUCUUACUAGCGGUCUUGGUUUUUUAAAUAAUUUAUGAUUUUAAUAACUUAAGAAAUGGUCAUCUACUGUCUUACAGCAGCUGAGCAAGUUGAGUAACAAGUCACUCUUACUCUGGAUUUCCACAUGAAACAGAAGGAUACCUUCAGCCUCACCUGUGUGUUAUGUACUCUUAUACUGGGAGCAAAAACCAUGCAACCUGUAAAUCUGCUCAUCUCUGCGACUGGUCGCUAGGCCUAAUAUGGAUCCCUUAGCCCGCUUAUUUCAUCCAGCUCUCUUCUAGUCACUCAGGCUUGUGCACAUCCAGAUGUUCAAAUACACCAAACGAGGGCAUGAACAGAGAGCAUGCCAGCUUCUCUGUGCUAGCUUUAUCGUGGAUGUCUCAUGGUGUGCAGGUGACCUGCAGAGAAAGCAGAUGGUGCUGCCUUGCCAUUACUGUCCACAGGGAUGUUCCUCUAAGGAGCUGGCAUACUAUAGUUCAGGUGCUGUACACAUCAGGGAGGAUCCAGCUUCCAAAACUUCGGCGCUGAUGCCAGGUUUGGGGCACCCCUGGAGUGGGGGAAUCAGAAGCAGUUCAUGGGGCCAGGCCUUGCAUCGAACCUACUACCUGCUUUUUCUGCUUGAAAGGUCAGAACCAUUCUUGCUGGCUGCAGCCCCCAGGUCACAGGAUCCCAGGUCACAGCUACUCCGUUGUGGUGUGCUAAACUCAAGUGGAUGAGACAGCUGUCUUUGAUAAGGAAUCUGAAGAAUGUCUACCACUUAUGUUUAAUUUUUUAGAGGAAGCCAACACUGUGGCUUUCUGAAGGUAUUCCCCCACCUUUGAUAGCAAAUAUCUUUUAUCUCAGCUUGUUUUCUUUUGUUUUUUUAAGGUGUGGCGCAGCAGGUAUUAGAAUAAAUUUUGUGGUAACAUUU